CAAUAUUAUAUAAUACCUAACAAUUUUUUUGUAGGUAGUGAAGAAAUCCCGCUUCCAUCCUUGAGUGAUAUUCAGAUGCCAUCUUGUUCUCAUAUCGUAGGAGAAGAUGAAACUGAAGCAGCAUCAAGAGUUAUACCUCCAACAUCCGCAGAUUCUAAAACCAAAGCACCCGUUUCACACUAUAUCUUUUUUUUAUAGGUAGUUCAGCAUCUAAUCCCAGCAUAAAUAAAUCUAUAUUAGUUGGUUACUGCCUUCACAUAUGGCCUCAUGGACAGUAUCAAUUAAUAAGAAUAAUAAUAAGUGUUCUUUAUCGGCAACCUACAAUGGUCGUCGACCAAAGUUUUUCAGCCUAUGAUCCUAUGUAAUAAUCAUAAAAAUAAUUUUCAACUUUUCCAGAUUAUUCUCAAGUAGGAGCAGUAUCACAAAUGACAAACAGGGAAAGAAAGUUAUAUUCAACCAUGAAAAAAAUAUCUCAGCAGUUAAGAAGAACAACCAGAAAAAAGAAUAAUUUUCGAGAAAGGUUGGCCCUAACAAAACAGUGUGCUCGGAAACUCGCCCUGGAAGACAUACUUUCCCGAAUGAGUCCUCUCGCUUCCACAUUUAUCAAGUGUCAAUUAAGAGAGGCAGGAAGAUUUGGAAAGCAGCAUAGAUUCACAGUGGAUGACAAAAUCAUGGGUCUCGCACUUGCAAAACAGAGUCCGAGGGCAUAUCGGUUUUUGACAAGGGUUUUUGCUCUACCAAGCAUCUCAACAUUGAACAAUUUUCUGAAGAAUAUUAAUUUCGAACCGGGAUUAAACGAGAAUAUAUUCUUGUUGCUGCAAAACACCAUAGAGAAGUGGAACUCGCAGGAGAAAAUAAUAGUUUUGAUGUGGGAUGAAAUUUCUCUGAUGCCACAUUUUGAUUUCCAAGAGAGUAAAGGAAGUAUCUCUGGGUUCAAAGAUUUGGGCAAUGGAAAAAGAUCACGCGAGAUUGUAGAUCAUGCCGUAGUCUUUAUGAUUGGAGGAUUUAAAAAAAGGUUUAAACUCCCUUUAUCAUUCCAUUUCACAUCAAAUGGUGGUGUGAAAAUGUUGGAAUUGAAGACAUUAGUUGCCAAUGUAUUAAACAGAUUGUUAGAAAUUGGCUUCAAACCUAUUUCGACAAUCUGCGAUCAAGCUCCAACUAAUGUAACAACUCAUAAAAGAUACAAGGAUAAAUUAUUUGAGGAGAAAUGAAGAAUAUAGGGGUGGCUUCAUUAAGUUUCAAAAUUUCAAAAUAUACCCCAUUUACGAUCCUCCCCACCUAUUGAAGGGCAUGAGAAAUAACUUUCUCGACAAAAAUAUUAAAUUUGGUAAUGGAAAAAUUGCCAAAUGGCAACAUAUAAGAUCUCUAUAUCACAUUGAUAAUGCUCCGAGCACUAUCGGUGGACUGCAAGCCCUGCCAAAUUUAACCGAUGAUCACUUAAAUCCUCAAGGAUCAAAGAAAAUGAAGGUCAAAUAUGCUGCCCAAAUAUUCAGCCAU